AUAAUACAUCCAUAACUUGUCAAGAUUUUUCAAUGUGAAGACUAUUUUAAAGCGAUUCCUUUUUUCCCGUCCGACACUAAAAUAAAUAAUGUCACUCCAUUGCUCUUUAAGCUAUUUUAGAACUUUCGAACGUCGUUAUGUAUGGUUGAUUGACUUUCUCUCCCGCGCAGAUCUCACCUACACUAAUCCUGGACGAAAGGACAAUGUAUACAUAGGUAAAGUCGACGGCGAGAAAGUGUUCAAGCAGAAGCUUUACUUACUAUGGAACAUUAAAGACGUUCUUAAUACCGCUAAUGGAUCCGGUAAAAUCAGAGUCCCGGACACUUUCUUUCAUAAAUUUGAAAAAGAAUUAACAUUCUCACAGCUUUACGAUUUUUUAAAAGCUCACAAAGAAUACGCCUUUAAUAAAAAUAUUCCACACGGCUCUUGCCUGUGUGAGAUAUGCGAGAAUGCAACUCUCCUAGCUAAGGCAUUGAAUAAAGUUUUGGAAAACCCAAUCCCUUCAAAUCCCCACGAUUUAGUCGAGAAGUUUGCAUGUAACCUCUCUUUAAAGAAAUGUGCGUCUAGUCAGUGUGAACAGUUUUCUACUUUUGAUUUUGGUCCAAGAAAGUCCGAUUCACACUCCGAAUCCUCAUCCUCGUCUUCAUCUGAAAAGGACAGUGCCGAUGACGACAUUCAAUAUUUCUGUUGGACAACCAUAGAGAAAAGGAUAACAAAAGCGAAAUUUUCUCUUGGUUUCGAGGAUUCUGUCGCGUUAAUGAAGGAAAAAAUUAAAAUCUUGAAGGAACAUAUUUCGGUCAAACGCAUCCCGUUUUCUGCGUAUGUUCAACAGAAACAAGAUCUCACUGCUGAUGAUUUGCUUGUGCACGUAGAUUUUGCAGAAAACUAUAAGAACGAUCAGCAAGACGAAAUUCAGAGCGCUUAUUUUGGUCACCAGAGCUUCUCCUUAUUUACAUCAUGCUGUUAUUUCCUGGACGAAGAGCAAAAGCUAGAUCAUAAAAGCAUUGUCGUUAUUACCGAAAGUUCAGAUCACAAUCGCAUAACUUCGAUGAGCUCCUUGAAACAAGUUGUGGAGAUUGCUGAAGAAUGGACUAAACGGAAAUUUCAUCGCCUAAUCGUUUGGAGUGAUGGAAUGGGCUCCCAAUUUCGUUCGCGUUUCGUGUUCAAGAUUCUAUCUGCUACCAUCCUCGCUGAUAAAAGUUUGAGUUGGUUCUACAAUGAGAGUCACCACGGAAAAGGACCGAUGGAUGGGGUUGGAAGUACGCUAAAAAAUGUCGUUUUUCGGAAGGUGAAGUCAAACAAGGCUGUGAUUUACAACCCGAAAGAAUUUGCCGAAGCUGCCUCGCAGUUUGUUCCAUCUGUGAUCACUGUCUACAUGCCGAGUAAGUCGGAAAUCACGGAGCCGGAAGGUAUAGAAGCCGCUUCUCCCAUCCCCGAAACCCUCAAGAUUCACAAGUUUGAGAGGUCAAUCCACCAACGUGGUGAUUCCUCAAUUGCAUUUUACAAAACUGCUGCUGAUGAGGAGCCGUAUUACACUCAUUGGUACAGCAAGGCUGGUGGCUUGAUCUGUGAUCAUAACGUUUCAACUACAGUUGAAGAGAACCAAUGUGCAAAGUGUUUUGCUUCCUAUCAUUCAGAUAACACUCCGGAUUGUGUUGGACGGAAAAAGGUUAAUAUUUUUAUCCUAACGAACGAAACUGCAGCCUUCAAAACUGUAUUUUAUGAAGUUAUUUAUGAUGUUCCUUGGCAUUUAUUUACGAUGAUUUUGUUUUUCUUUAAAGAUUGA